AUGGUGCAUGCACACGCAUCUAUAUUGAUACAUGCGAACGAAACAUCCUCCAGCGGUCGAGUUUCUUCAUCCAGGAGUCGCACAUCUGACGAGCCCCACAUAGGCAAAUAUAAACUGCUCAAAACUAUCGGCAAGGGAAACUUUGCCAAAGUGAAACUCGCCAAACAUGUGCCCACAGGAAAAGAAGUAGCAAUCAAAAUUAUAGACAAGACGCAGCUAAAUCCAGUGAGUUUACAAAAGUUAUUUAGGGAAGUUAGAAUAAUGAAGAUGCUAGAUCAUCCAAACAUUGUUAAACUAUUUCAAGUAAUUGAAACGGAAAAAACGCUUUAUUUAGUUAUGGAAUAUGCGAGCGGGGGUGAGGUUUUCGAUUAUUUGGUCAUGCACGGUCGAAUGAAGGAAAAAGAAGCGAGAGCAAAGUUCCGACAAAUUGUAUCAGCCGUUCAGUAUUGUCAUCAAAAGAAAAUCAUUCAUAGAGAUUUAAAGGCUGAAAAUCUACUUUUAGACAGUGAAAUGAAUAUAAAAAUAGCCGAUUUUGGAUUCAGUAAUGAAUUUACUCCUGGUAAUAAAUUAGAUACGUUUUGUGGAAGUCCACCUUAUGCAGCGCCCGAAUUAUUCCAAGGUAAAAAAUACGAUGGACCCGAAGUCGACGUCUGGUCCUUAGGUGUUAUUUUAUACACGUUAGUGAGUGGUUCCUUACCUUUCGACGGUUCAACGUUACGAGAACUGAGGGAAAGGGUGUUGAGAGGAAAAUACCGGAUACCGUUUUACAUGUCGUCCGACUGUGAAAACCUACUUAAAAAGUUUUUAGUUUUGAAUCCCGCUCGAAGAGCUUCGUUAGAAAGUAUAAUGAAAGAUAAAUGGAUGAAUGUGGGCUACGAGGAAGACGAGCUUAAACCUUACGUAGAACCGGAACCAGAUUUUAAAGACCAUAAAAGGAUAGAAGCCCUCAUAGGAAUGGGGUACAGCAGAGGCGAAAUAGAAGAUAGUUUAUCUCAGUUUAAAUACGAUGAUGUAUUCGCGACAUAUUUGCUAUUGGGAAGGAAAAACACUGACCCGGAAAGUGACGGAUCUCGAUCGGGUAGUUCGCUGUCAUGUAACAUACCCGCAGCAACGCCGGCUGGGAACGCCCAAUCUCCGCUUCACGGACACCGAGGUGUUCAUCGUUCCAUUUCGGCGACAAAUCCGAAACCCAAUAGAAGGGCAUCUUCUGGCGGUGAGACCUUGCGUGAGGUCCAGCCGGGUGCGGCGCCCGCGACGGCUGGAGGGGGAGCACCGGCAACUCCUUCGAACGCAACGAAUCAUAACCACACGACGGCAAGCAAUUUCAAACGGCAAAACACGGUAGAUUCGGCUACCAUAAAGGAAAACACUGCGAGAAUCAAUUCGAGCGGGGGUGGAGCGUCGAGACCGACCGCAGCCAAAAAUUCAGUCAAUAUAACAUCCCUUGAUUCGAGUGCAAGUCCUGGUAAGCCGCGCGGCGUCACUAAAUCAAAUACCAUGACUGGUAAUAGGAAUCUAUCGUCGGGUGGAUCCGUCGGGCGGCGUAGUACUAUUAGUUACGAAGCGAAAUCAUCUUCUAACGAAAAGACAAACAUAACCGGAGAUUUAGGUACACCAAGAGGGCAACCCGUGUCUCCAGCCGUAAGCAAUAGAACCCCUCUGUCACGUAACGUACCGAGUAGAUCAACUUUCCACAGCGGUCAAACCCGACAGCGUAAUCACACGUCGGGAUAUGGACCCGCUUCGGGUCUCCAGACUCAGGACACUUCGGCAAUUGCUCACGCGGCAAGGACUUCGUCAUUUUUUUCAAAACUAUCCGGAACAGGGACAAACGACGAUCAAGUGAAACCGAGAUCCCUUCGAUUCACGUGGAGCAUGAAAACGACAUCGUCGAGAGAUCCAAAUGAAAUAAUGGCAGAAAUAAGAAAGGUUUUGGAUGCCAACAAUUGCGAAUACGAACAAAGAGAGAGAUACCUUCUUUUGUGCAUCCACGGAGAUCCGGACACGGACGAUCUCGUUCAGUGGGAAAUUGAAGUUUGCAAACUUCCACGUCUUUCUCUCAACGGAGUUCGGAUCAAGAGAAUUUCCGGUACGUCGAUAGGAUUCAAGCACAUUGCAUCAAAGAUAGCGAACGAACUGAAACUGUGA